GGCCUCUGGGUGCCAGCCUGGUGCCAGGGCAGCCGUGGUGGACAGCCGGGGAGGCAGCCCACAGCCAGCGUUUCUUGAGCAGCUAGUAUAUGCCGGCUUGCUGACACACUCAUCCUACAACAGCUUCACAGCAGCCCCAUCCCGUCUGUUGUGUUAUUUGGACUUAGCUACAGGAAAAACUGAGCCCGAAGAGUCAGACGGACUCAGCUCCGUGCUGAUGUCGACCUACAAGCGGGCCACGCUGGACGAGGAGGACCUGGUGGACUCGCUGUCCGAGGGUGAAGUGUACCCAAAUGGCCUGCAGGUGAACUUCCGCAGCCCCCGGAGUGGCCAGAGGUGCUGGGCUGCGCGGACCCAGGUGGAGAAGCGGCUGGUGGUGCUGGUGGUGCUUCUGGCGGCAGGAUUGGUGGCCUGCUUGGCAGCGCUGGGCAUUCAGUACCGGACAAGAACCCCCGCGGUGUGCCUCAGUGAGGCCUGCGUCUCAGUGACCAGCUCCAUCUUGAGUUCCAUGGACCCCACUGUGGACCCCUGCCAGGACUUCUUCACCUACGCCUGUGGUGGCUGGAUCAAAGCCAACCCCGUGCCUGAUGGCCACUCCCGCUGGGGGACCUUCAGCAACCUCUGGGAGCACAACCAAGCCAUCAUCAAGCACCUCCUUGAAAAUUCCACGGCCAGUGUGAGCGAGGCAGAAAGGAAGGCCCAAGUGUACUACCGUGCAUGUAUGAAUGAAACCAGGAUCGAGGAGCUCAAAGCCAAGCCUUUGAUGGAGCUGAUUGAGAAGCUCGGGGGCUGGAACAUCACCGGUCCCUGGGACAAAGACAACUUCCAGGACACGCUGCAGGUGGUCACCUCUCACUACCGCACCUCCCCCUUCUUCUCUGUGUACGUCAGUGCCGACUCCAAGAAUUCCAACAGCAACGUGAUCCAGGUCGACCAGUCUGGCCUGGGCUUACCCUCAAGGGACUAUUACCUGAACAAAACGGAAAAUGAGAAGGUGCUGACGGGGUACCUGAACUACAUGGUCCAGCUGGGCAAGCUGUUGGGUGGCGGGGACGAAGACGCCAUCCGGCCCCAGAUGCAGCAGAUCCUGGACUUUGAGACAGCGCUGGCCAACAUCACCAUCCCCCAGGAGAAGCGCCGGGACGAGGAGCUCAUCUACCACAAAGUGACCGCUGCUGAGUUGCAGACCUUGGCCCCCGCCAUCCACUGGCUGCCCUUUCUCAAUACCAUCUUCUACCCGGUGGAAAUCAAUGAGUCCGAGCCCAUUGUCGUCUACGACAAGGAGUACCUGGGGCAGGUCUCUGCCCUCAUCAGCAGCACAGACAAAUGCCUGCUAAACAACUACAUGAUCUGGAACCUAGUGCGGAAGACAAGUUCCUUCCUUGAUCAGCGCUUUCAGGACGCCGACGAGAAAUUCAUGGAAGUCAUGUACGGGACCAAGAAGACCUGUCUUCCUCGGUGGAAGUUCUGCGUGAGUGACACAGAGAACAACUUGGGCUUCGCCCUGGGCCCCAUGUUUGUCAAAGCGACCUUUGCCGAGGACAGCAAGAACAUAGCCAGUGAGAUAAUCCUAGAGAUCAAGAAGGCAUUUGAGGAAAGCCUGAGCACCCUGAAGUGGAUGGACGAAGAUACUCGGAGAUCAGCCAAGGAAAAGGCAGAUGCAAUCUACAACAUGAUAGGCUACCCCAACUUUAUCAUGGACCCCAAGGAGCUCGACAAAGUGUUCAAUGACUACACGGCCGUCCCGGACCUCUAUUUUGAGAACGCCAUGCGGUUUUUUAACUUCUCCUGGAGGGUCACUGCCGACCAGCUGAGGAAAGCUCCCAACAGAGACCAGUGGAGCAUGACCCCGCCCAUGGUGAACGCCUACUACUCGCCCACCAAGAAUGAGAUCGUGUUUCCUGCCGGGAUCCUGCAGGCGCCCUUCUACACCCGCUCCUCGCCCAAGGCCUUAAACUUCGGUGGCAUUGGUGUUGUCGUGGGCCAUGAGCUGACUCAUGCUUUCGAUGAUCAAGGACGAGAGUAUGACAAGGACGGGAACCUUCGGCCCUGGUGGAAGAACUCGUCCGUGGAGGCUUUCAAGCAGCAGACGGAGUGCAUGGUGGAGCAGUACGGCAACUACAGCGUGAACGGGGAGCCGGUGAACGGCCGGCACACGCUGGGGGAGAACAUCGCCGACAAUGGGGGGCUCAAGGCAGCCUAUCGGGCCUACCAGAACUGGGUGAAGAAGAAUGGGGCUGAGCAGACGCUGCCUACCCUGGGCCUCACAAAUAACCAGCUCUUCUUCCUGGGCUUUGCGCAGGUCUGGUGCUCUGUCCGCACGCCCGAGAGCUCCCACGAAGGCCUCAUCACCGAUCCUCACAGCCCCUCCCGCUUCCGGGUCAUUGGCUCCGUCUCUAACUCCAGGGAGUUCUCAGAACACUUCCACUGCCCGCCCGGCUCCCCCAUGAACCCUCAGCACAAGUGUGAGGUCUGGUGAGGGUGAACGCACCGCGAGCCAGGACCGACGAUGGGCCCCAGGUGGAGCCCGGCAGGCCUCCUUGUCGUCCAGCGUCUGGGGUGUCGCCCCGCCCCCUGGCUGCCCAGGGGCCCCCUACCCCGCACUGGAGGGUUUCCAGCCGGAACUGAGCCUCUGAUGCGGGUUCUCAACACAAUCCGAGAUUUGAUCCCCUGUGAAGACCCUGUCAUCCUAGGCACACGCGUCAGUUCUCACAGGCAUUUGGGUGUCAGGCUGGUGGCUUACCGGGCCUGGGCCCUGCACCGACUCGGGCGGUGGGACACAGCGCCCCCUGCCCACAUCCAGCGUCAGAAACACCACAAAUACCACUGUGUCAAAUGCUUUAAAGAUAUAUUUUUGGGGAAACUAUUUUUUAAACAUGUGGAAUACACUGGAAAUCUUCAGGGAAAUAAUGCAUUUAAAACACUUUUUUUUUUUUAAGGAAAGGAUUGGUAUAUUUAUUAUAUUCUGUUUUUCUAAAUAACCUGUGGAUAAGGGAAGCCCACUGAUUGACCCCUUCCUUCCUCACUCGCUGUGGGGUCGGCUGGGGCAGCCAUCCCCCCCCCACUGAGCAUGUCCCCAAGUAGUGAGCUGCCCCCGUUCUCGGCGUUUGCAAUUUCAGCCUCUGUCAGCUGGUUUUGCGGUCACAGGGCAUAAAGAGAGGAGGUGUGGAGGCCAGGAAGGGGCAGAGGCCAGCUCCCAGACACUGCCCCUCACAGCUGGCCUGCCUCUGUCCCCGGAGUCCAACAGUGGGAACCCCAACAAGGACGGUCUGAUCCCCAAAGUCGCAGCACGAAAUUGAUGGCUGCGGCAGGGUGAGGCCAGCUUGUGGCCUUCAAACCCAGCCCCGGGGCACCCAAAACCCUGGACCUGGAGGGCAGGAGCCCUGAGAGACCUAGCCCUCCGUCAGAUGCGCUCUGCUGUGCCGUAGUUGGCCUCUUUCUAUCCCUCUCCUGGUCACUCCCUGUGUGGUGUGUACCCAGCAACCCUUCCUUCUCAGCAACUCCGGGGUCUGCCUUGCGGACCCUCUUCCCCAGGGCAAGAAGAAAAGGGAAGACCACUCCCCUGCCCUACAGGGCCCGGAUCCUCCCUCUGGGCUCCGUCCUGCACCCCUGGCCUGGAUUUGGCUCCCAGGACCACAGCCGGGCCCGCCUGCCCGCCCUCCAUCUUCAGUGCCUUAGCUGAGGCUGCAGCCCAGGCUCCACGCCAAGGAGACAGCCGUCCGCCAGGUGCCCCUUUGCCUCCUCAGUGAAGCCUUCAAGUGUCCUAACUGUAACACAAGGCCGUACCCCUCCUCCCGCUGUCCACAGAGCGGCCUCACACGGCAGCCCGGGAGCUCUAGCCUGCAGGUCUGGGGCACCAAGGUCAGGAAUCUGACGAACCCUUGAACUUGCCCUGAGCCCCAUCCCCCCCCCCCUCAGCCUCUUCAGUUGGAUCAAGACAAUACUUGUAGCUAGACGGACUCCUCACUUGGAGGUGUUUUCAGCCAAGGAAGACUGUGAGGGAAAGGCUCCCCCAACACGGUCAGUCCAGCCUGUGGUGUCAGGAACCAGGAAUGGCGUCCCUCUCCGAGGCCGCGGUUCAGGAGCUCCGUCUGGGGGAAGCAGGCCCCUGUGGCUGAGGCCAGAGCAGCCAGUCGUCUCCCGGCUCCCACGGUCUGGCCGUGCUCCCUCACGGCACUCGCCUCGGCCCGGCAACCAGAAUCCUCCCUGCCUAAGACGACCAGCCACAUCCGUGUCAGAACUGAGGCAGGAUGGGCUCCAGAUGAGGCCCCCGGUCCUCACCAGGCCUGGUAGCUCUUCAGAAGGAAGGAAGGACAGGAGCCAGAGGAGAAGCCAGCGUCAGGGGCUGGUGCACGCACCCCACCACACAGAGGUAGGCUUCCCCAGCCCUCUGCGCCCCCUUCCAUCCUGCCUUCCCCAUGGAACUCCCAGUCCUCAAGGCACCACAGCCUGGAGCCUCCGCACCAGAAGCAAGUGUCCCAGGCUGAGGGCUCAGCCGGAGGGAGUGCCCUAGGAACGACAGGGGGCCAGGGUAGAGGAGGGCUCAGGCCCAACAGAGAUGGAGGCAAAGUGACCUGCCCCCACUGUCCCUACUCCUCCAGAGCUUAAAAAAGGCCAAGGGCAUGGGCAGCUGUCCUCCGAAAGACGCCCACCCCCCUCAGGCCCAGGGAGCCAUAGGGCUGGCUUCUCUGCGGUUCCACGGAAGUGCGCUUUGGAGCUGGGAAUCUCUGUUUGUAUUAUUAUGUUCUGUGCUACUGUAGUUUUGGUGUGGCACUAUCGUAACACAAAUAAAAUAUUGUACCAAGUGG